GGUACAAGAGCGCCAGGACGCUCCUGCAGGAGAGAGGCAGAGCAGACAGUCGGAGGGAGACGGGAUAGAGCAGCACAGCGGCGGCAGCAGCGGCGGCGGCAGCUGGAAGACACCACAGUCAGGCGGAGACACAGACAUAAAAUCCCUACCCGGACCCCGCACAGCAUCAUUUCUUUCCGCCGUCGGAUUAAACCCGUCUCCAGCUUCAACAGCGAAACCACGCUGAGACAUGAACUUCUCCCGCUGAAAAUUAUUGAUGCUGAACUGAGUGGUCCACUGCUAUCUUCCAGUGUUUCCCCUCCCCUCAGUUUUCUGUCUCCCUGUCUGUCACCUGACUUGUAAGCAGCCAUGACGAAGUCCUACGAAUUCAACUGGCAGAAACACCUGCCUGAGUUCAUGCAGGAAGGCUCCUCUUUCGACAGGUUUGAUGAGGACCCAUACAUCUUCGAGCCCAACUGCCACAUGACAGUGGAUGAGUACGGCUUUUUCAUCACUUGGAAGAGUGAGGGAAAGGAAGGUCAGGUUCUGGAGUGUUCCCUCAUCAACAGUAUCCGUGUUGGUGCCGUCCCAAAGGACCCUAAGAUCCUGUCAUCAUUUGAGGCCAUUGGAAAAACAGAGGCAGACCUGGAGGGCUGCAUCAUCUGCAUCUGCAGUGGCGCAGACCUGGUCAAUCUCAGCUUCAUGUUCAUGGUGGCAGAGAACCCGGAGACAGCCAGGAAGUGGAUCGAGGGUUUGAGGUCAGUGAUUCACAAUGUUAAGGCCAACAAUGUCUGUCCAAUGACAUGCCUCAAGAAACAUUGGAUGAGAAUGUGUUUCUUGACCAACGUGAAUGGGAAGAUUCCUGUAAGAGGCAUCACACGGACGUUUGCAUCAGGGAAGACAGAGAAGGGGAUCUUUCAGGCUCUGAAGGAUCUGGGUCUUCCUAGUGGAAAGAACGAUGAGAUUGAACCAGCAGAUUUUACCUUUGACAUUUUUUACGCACUCACACAGAAGAUCUGCCCUCGCACAGACAUAGAGGAACUCUUCAAGAAAAUCAAUGGGAACAAAACUGAUUAUUUAACUGUAGACCAGUUAGUCAGCUUUCUGAAUGAAAACCAGCGUGACCCAAGGUUAAAUGAGAUUCUCUUUCCAUUCUACGAUCCCAAGAGAGCCAUGCAGAUCAUUGAGAAAUAUGAGAGAGAUGACGACCUGAAGAAGAAAGGUCACAUGUCCAGUGAUGGAUUCUGUCGGUACCUUAUGUCAGAUGAAAAUGCUCCAGUGUUCCUGGACCGACUGGAGCUGUACCAAGAUAUGGACCAGUCGCUGGCCCACUACUUUAUCAGUUCCUCCCAUAACACAUACUUGACAGGCCGACAGUUUGGAGGGAAGUCGUCAGUAGAGAUGUACCGGCAGGUCCUGCUGGCUGGAUGCAGAUGUGUGGAGCUGGACUGCUGGGACGGGAAGGGCGAGGACCAAGAACCCAUAAUUACUCACGGCAAGGCCAUGUGCACAGAUAUUCUAUUCAAGGAUGUUAUCCAAGCAAUUAAGGAGACAGCAUUUGUCACAUCAGACUACCCUGUUAUUUUAUCCUUUGAAAAUCACUGCAGUAAACCUCAGCAGUACAAGAUGGCCAAGUACUGCGAGGAGAUCUUUGGUGACCUCCUCCUCAAACAGGCUCUGGAGAACUCUCCGAUCGAACCUGGGCGUCCCUUACCCUCUCCAAAUGACCUCAAGCGGAAAAUCCUCAUCAAAAACAAACGCUUGAAACCUGAAGUUGAACAGAAGCAGCUUGAGGCCUUCAAGAAACACAUGGAAGCAGGAGAGACCAACACCCCUGCUAUCAUUAUGGGAGAGGAGAAUGAAGACGACACAGAGAACGGUGAAAAAGAGGCAGAGGAUAAGGAUUUGAAUUCAGAGGCCCCCAGCAGUGUGUCAGAAGCAACCAGCGAGAAAGAAUCCAACAGUGUUUCUCAGAGUAAUGCUGUCAGCUCGAGAAAAGAUGAAGAACAAAGCAACAGUAUCAAGAAGGUACCUGAUGAUGAGGUGACAGAGAUAUCUGAAGCAACAGAUGCCACAGACAUCUCUGAAGCGUCCGACCAAGACAACAACAAGAAGAGCGGAGAUGUGGCAGAAGACUCUGAAGAAGCUCUGAUAGCUCAGUACACUUAUGUGGGAGCCACCACUAACAUCCACCCGUAUCUCUCAGCCAUGGUCAACUAUGCACAGCCCGUCAAGUUCCAGAGUUUUGAUGUGGCUGAGGAAAGGAAUAUCCACCAUAACAUGUCUUCUUUCAACGAGUCAGUUGGCCUGGGUUACCUGAAGACUAAUGCCAUUGAGUUUGUUAACUACAACAAGCGUCAGAUGAGCCGUAUCUACCCCAAAGGGGGCCGGGUGGACUCCAGUAAUUACAUGCCUCAGAUCUUCUGGAACGCAGGCUGCCAGAUGGUCUCGCUCAACUUCCAGACUCCAGAUCUGGCCAUGCAGCUGAACCAAGGAAAGUUUGAGUACAACGGCUCCUGUGGGUACCUGCUAAAGCCCGACUUUAUGCGGCGGUCAGACAGGAUGUUUGACCCGUUCUCAGAGACACCGGUGGAUGGCGUCAUUGCUGCAACCUGCAGCGUACAGGUGUUCUCGGGACAGUUUCUCUCUGAUAAGAAAAUCGGCACUUAUGUUGAAGUCGACAUGUACGGACUGCCAACAGACACCAUCCGGAAAGAGUUCCGCACUCGCAUGGUGAUGAAUAAUGGACUGAACCCUGCCUACAAUGAGGAGCCCUUCGUUUUCAGAAAGGUGAUCUUACCAGAUCUAGCCGUGCUGCGCAUCGCGGUCUAUGACGACAACAAUAAGCUGAUUGGACAGCGGAUCCUGCCUCUGGACGGCCUGCAGGCUGGCUACCGUCACAUCUCUCUGAGAAAUGAAGGCAACAAGCCCCUGUCAUUGCCCACCAUCUUCUGCCAAAUCAUCCUCAAGACCUACGUGCCCGAUGGCUUUGGAGCUAUUGUGGAUGCUCUAUCAGACCCAAAGAAGUUUUUGACUAUAGCAGAGAAGAGAGCUGACCAGAUGAAGGCUCUGGGGAUUGACACGAACGACAUUGCAGAUGUUCCCAGCGGAAGCUCAAAAAACGACAAGAAAGGGAAGGGCAAAGGUGACACUGUGAAAGCCAGUGUGACACCACAAGCCAGCUCAGACAUGGCCCAGACCUCCAACGCUGCCCAAAAUAACAUGACCGAAACCAAGAAGGAUAAUGCACUUGUGCCUAAUGUCAGCAUUGAUGACUUAAAACAAAUGAAGUCCUACCUUAAAUUGAUUAAAAAGCAGCAGAAGGAGCUCAACACUUUAAAGAAGAAACACUCAAAGGAUCAAAAUGCAAUGCAGAAAGCUCACUGCAGUCAGGUGGACAAGAUCGUGUCUCUGCACGAUAAGGAGAAGAUAACUCUGGAGAAGCUACUAGAGAAAGCCAUCAAGAAACGAGGUGAAAACAACUGCCAAGAGCUGAAGAAGGAGACAGAAGAUAAGAUUCAAAUGCUAGCUGCUGAUCAUAAAGCCAAGGUAAAGGACAUCACAGCACAGCACACUAAAGAGUGGUCAGAGCUAAUCAGUAGUCACAGCAGCGAGGAGCAGGAGAUGAAGGACAGCCACGUCACUCAGCAGUGUGAACACCUCAAGAAGCUCUUGGCCACUGUCCAGGAGCAGCAGACCAUGCAGCUCAAACUCAUUCAUGAAAGGCAGAGCAAAGAGAUGCGUGCCAACCAGGCUAAGAUGUCCAUGGAAAACAGUAAAGCCAUUAGCCAGGACAAGACUAUCAAAAAUAAGGCCGAGCGAGAGAGGAGAGUGCGGGAGCUAAACAGCAGCAACACCAAGAAGUUCCUGGAUGAGAGGAAGAGGCUGGCUAUGAAGCAUCAGAAGGAGAUGGAGCAGCUAGAGAAAAACCAGAGAGAACAGUUGGAGAAACUGGAGAAGUUCAAUGAGCAGCUUUUGAAAUCACACCAUGCAAACAAACAGGUCCAAGGCGAAGGACAUGCAGCAGAUGGUGAAGUUGGAGGAGGAGAUGGACCGCAGACCUGCCACGGUGGUGUGAGCGGCUGAGACCAGGAACGCAAACGCACACUCGUACACUCAUACACACAAGAAGGUGCAGAAAACACUCCACGGAAAGCCCUCUACAGUCUAGAGAUGAAAACCCCACCUACAUCACUUUCUGUGUAAUAUUUAUGUUCGCCCAGACACACAGCAGCCCCCCCUUCACCUCUUCUGUUCCUCUGUUCAUUCACUCAUGCAUCUUGUACUCUCCAACCACUAUCUUUAUACCACUGAGCCAUUGGUGCUUAUCACUGUUUGUCAGGGGGGGAUUAACCACUUAUCGAGACAGGAAAUGUUACCUCGGAGAACACAGUCAAACUUGUCUUCUCCUCCAGUGUAUCUAAAUUGUCUGUUGCCAUCACACUGUAUGUUCUCUUCAGCUAUUGGUAGUUCUUGGUACAAGCGCAAACACACACACACACACACACACGGGUUCAUCACAGUUCAGAUAAAGGGGAUAUCUGUUCCCAUUUUGACCAUUAAAAAACAAAAAAACAGUACCCAAUGAACCGCUCCAGAGACAGA